CAGUGUCUUGUCGUCUGCUGUGUUUGAUAACACUACAUUUGUUGAUGCUAACCUGUUGUACAUUGUAUUGUUAUCACUGCUGAUGAUUGUCAACGUUGAAAUGGACUGAAGAAAUUAAGUGUUAUGUUUCUUAGUUAUUUGUUAUAAUGACAAUUUAGUGCGGUAGAUUUUAGUGCACCAUUCUUCAUUGCAAUUCAGUGUUACAGCCAAUGAGCGCCUUUCACAAAACGUAACAACAGAUGAAACGAUAGUGGUCCAUUAAGAGGUAGAGUUAGCGAGGCAGAACCAGAGCCAUGAUUGACCCCAGCUCGUCAGAAGAGGAGAGUGAGGAGGAGCAGCAUGGACACCACCAUGGGCACCAUAGUCAUGAUCGGGAGGAUCACCAUGGCCACCAUGGGCACCGUGAGCCCCGCCCUGACCCUCACCACCAUCACCACAGGCACGAUGAUCACUCAGGCAGCGGUGGACUUGAGGUUCCUAACUCAAAUGCUAGCCUUCCAAGUAUAAAUUUGUCGGAGCGGACCCGCCUAAAGCAGUCUACGAAUGCUCACCGCAGGUCUUUGUCGCCAUCCAGUGCGGUGUCAGCCGAGACUGUCAGCUUGGGUGGGAACGCAGGACCUGGUGCGCCUCGUGCCAACUCUCUGCCUCGCCCCACCAGUCCCAGUCCCUCCCUGUCCAGCGAACGGGCCGAAGCUGAGCUUCAGGAUAAACAAGAACGGGAGGAAGAAGAAAGAAAGCGUCGAAUCCAACUGUAUGUGUUCAUUUCUCGUUGUGUCGCUUAUCCAUUCAAUGGAAAGCAGCCAACAGACAUGACGAGACGUCAGUCUAAAAUUACUAAACAACAGCUUGAACUAAUUCAAGGAAGAUUUCAGAGUUUUCUAAAAGGUGAUACCCAAAUAAUGGCCGACGAAGCCUUCCAGAAUGCAGUUCAAAGCUACUUUGAAGUUUUCUUACGUUCAGACCGUGUUUUAAAAAUUGUUCAGUCAGGUGCCUGUUCUCAACAUGACUUUAGAGAAGUGUUCAGAAACAAUAUUGAAAAAAGAGUCCGAUCGUUACCUGAGAUUGAUGGACUGAGUAAAGAAACUGUCCUGGCCUCCUGGAUGGCAAAGUUCGACUGUAUAUUUAAAGUGGGAGAUGAUGACUCAAAACGACCUUCCAGAAUGCAACAACAAACAUUGAACAGUGAACUAAUUCUGUCUAAGGAGCAACUUUAUGACAUGUUCCAGCAGAUUCUUGGAGUAAAAAAAUUUGAACACCAGUUGUUAUUCAAUGCUCUCCAGCUUGACUCUGCUGAUGAACAGGCAGCAGCAAUAAGAAGAGAACUUGAUGGAAGAAUGCAGAAAGUUGGAGAGAUGGAGAAGAACAGAAAGCUCAUGCCAAAAUUUGUCUUGAAAGAGAUGGAAUCAUUAUACAUAGAAGAACUUAAGGCAUCAAUAAAUUUAUUAAUGGCUAAUUUGGAGUCCCUGCCAGUUUCUAAGGGUUCAAUGGACUCCAAAUAUGGUCUUCAAAAGCUGAAACGGUACAACCACAGGAGAAGUAGAAGUUCGCGCCGUCCCGUAGACGCCGUCCUAGCCGUGGGGCAAGACCUGAAAGUGUUAAUAAGGUCACAAGGAUCACUUGCCAAACUGGAAGGAGAUUCAGCCGACAAUGAUGCACAACUCAGUAAACUUGAUGUUGUACUCACGUUUCAACUUGAGGUAGUAGUCAUGGAGGUGAAAGGCUUGAAGUCACUCGCACCAAACAGAAUAGUUUAUUGCACGAUGGAGGUAGAAGGAGGAGAAAAACUACAAACAGAUCAAGCUGAAGCUUCAAAACCUAUGUGGGAUACGCAAGGGGACUUUACAACCACUCAUCCUUUGCCUGCUGUCAAGGUCAAACUUUUCACAGAGAACCCAGGAAUGCUGGCCCUUGAGGACAAGUGGCUAGGAAAAGUAAUACUAAAACCCACACCUCUGUCCUCUAAGAGUCCAGAGUGGCAUAAAAUGACAAUUCCAAAAAACUGUGCAGAUCAAGACUUGAGAAUAAAGAUUGCAUGUAGAAUGGAUAAGCCAUUGAACAUGAAACACUGUGGAUAUCUGUAUGCACUGGGGAAAGCUGUGUGGAAGAAGUGGAAAAAGAGAUACUUUGUUUUGGUGCAAGUAUCCCAGUACACAUUUGCAAUGUGCACGUAUAAAGAAAAGAAAUCAGAACCAUCAGAAAUGAUGCAGCUUGAUGGAUACACAGUGGACUAUAUCGAGCCUGCUAGUGCAAACCUGAUGGUGGGCAUGGAUCUGGAAGGUGGCCGGUACUUUUUUAAUGCUGUGAAGGAGGGAGACAGCAUUCUGUUGGCAUGUGAUGAUGAAAAUGAGUGUCAUCUGUGGGUAAUGGCAAUGUAUCGUGCAACAGGACAGUCACACAAGCCCACACCUCUCGUCAGCACAGCUGGAAAGAACUCCACGAUAUCAAAGAUACAAGGAGAUGCUGAUCGAGCACGUAAACAUGGUAUGGAAGAGUUCAUAUCUGCAGAUCCAUGUAAAUUUGAACAUGCUUCGUUAUUCAAAAUGCUUCAAACUCUCACAUUAGACUACAGGCUUAAUGACCCAUACUGCUCUUUGGGUUGGUUCAGUCCAGGUCAAGUGUUUGUCCUGGAUGAAUACUGUGCAAGAUACGGAGUACGUGGUUGUUACCGCCAUCUGUGCUACCUGAACGACCUGCUUGAUCGCGCAGAGAAGAACAUCAUGAUAGAUCCCACUUUGAUACACUACAGUUUUGCCUUUUGUGCCAGCCAUGUUCAUGGCAACAGCACGGAGGUCCUAGAAGAUAAUACCCCUGUACCCAGACCAGAUGGAGUUGGAACAGUCACUCAUGAAGAAAAGGACAAAUUCCAGGAAAUUAAAGAAAGAUUAAGAAUUCUGCUGGAAAAUCAAAUCACAAACUUUAGAUACUGUUUUCCAUUUGGGAGACCAGAAGGAGCCCUGAAAGCUACCCUGUCACUUUUAGAGAGGGUUUUAAUGAAAGAUAUCGCCACUCCUGUCCCACCUGAAGAUGUUCGAGGACUCAUCAAAAAGUGCCUGGAGACAGCUGCGUACGUCAACUAUACCCGUCUUUCAGCUGAGGCCAAAAUAGAAGGAGGUGACGGAGCUGUGCAAGAUGACUUGAGUGGAGAAAUGAUAGUUCCUCCUAGUAAGAAACUAGAAGAUCUAAUCCAUCUAGCAGAGCUGUGUGUUGACUUACUGCAACAAAAUGAGGAGCACUAUGCUGAGGCUUACAGAUCGGACAAAGCAUUCGCCUGGUUUAGCGAUCUGUUGGUGGAGCAUGCAGAAAUCUUCUGGUCGCUGUUUGCAGUUGAUAUGAACCAAGUGUUGAGUGAACAACCGGCUGACACGUGGGACUCAUUUCCCCUCUUCCAGAUUCUCAAUGAUUACCUCAGAACUGACGAUAACUUGAAGAAUGGGCGCUUUCAUCAGCAGCUGAGAGACACGUUCGCUCCUCUAGUUGUCCGUUAUGUUGACUUGAUGGAGUCAUCAAUUGCUCAAUCAAUUCACAAAGGUUUUGAGAAGGAAAGAUGGGAAAUAAAGGGAAAUGGAUGUGCAACAUCAGAAGACUUAUUUUGGAAACUAGAUGCCUUACAAUCAUUUAUCAGAGAUUUACACUGGCCAGAUGCAGAGUUUCGCCAGCAUCUGGAACAGAGAUUAAAACUAAUGGCGUGUGAUAUGAUUGAAUCCUGCAUACAGAGGACGGAAAAUGCAUUCCAACAGUGGCUGAAGAAGGGCACAUUUAUUUCAACCGACUACAUUAUCCCAUCAGAAAUGUGUGCCAUGGUGAAUGUCAUCCUUGAUGCUAAGAAUCAAUCUUUCAAGCUGUGUGCAGUUGAUGGUGUUGAUGUGCAUCAGUACCACACGAAAAUUGAUGAUCUGAUUGAAAAGACAUCUGCAGCAAUGAGUCAAGGAAUGAUUAGCAAGUUAGUGGCUGUUCUCGAAACAACACUAUCAAAACUUGGACGUUAUGACGAAGGCAGUCUUAUUGGUUCCAUUCUCAGCUUUACCAAUGUGUCUGGAUCAGGGAAGGAUAUGGGUCACGCCUACGUCAACUUUACGAGAAACUGUUUAGAACAAAUUAGAAGCAAAGUUAAUGAUGAUCUAUGGAUUCUCAACUUUUUUGAGCAAUGGUACACUGCACAAAUACAACUGCUGUGCAACUGGUUGUCUGAGCGGCUGGACCACUCUCUACAUGUCUACCAGUGUACCUGCCUUGCUCACAUUGUUAAGAAACUGUACUCAGAUUUUGAGCUUCAUGGUGUGACCGAAGAUAAACUACUAUCAAAAACAUAUCAAACAGUUUCUCAAAGAAUGCAGACUGAAGAAGCCACGUGUGCACUUACAGAGAGCUCUGUCAGAGAUCAAGAUUCAGAGGAAUAUGGAGAUGCCGGAGCAGAUGAUGACGGUGAUCGCAGCAAACCCAAGGUGACUAUCCGAGAGACUCUUGGAGAGGACGGCAUCCAAGCCAAGCUGACAAAUAUUACAGGCAAUGUUGCUGGUCGCUUGGGCAAUGUUAUGGGAAAAGGUAUCGGAGGUUUGUCCAAGUUCGGUGGUGGAAGUUGGUUCUAAUCUCUACAUCCACUCUGUUGUUGUUUGUAAUAUGUAUAAUGAUUAUUGAAGGUCAUUUAUAUGUUUAAAUCAAUGCAAGCUGAGUAAUGUGUGUUUGUUGUUAUAUUAUGAAUGUUUAUUUUAAAAGUGGUAUUGUACAAACAAAUGAACAUUGUGCAUAGUUAAAUACCAAAAUUUUUAUGAUAUUUUUCAAAAAUAUAAAAGUAUUUUGUUGCUUAGAUUUGAGUGUGAGUAUGGACCUACUUAAUGGUACAAAUUUCGAUAACUCCUACAAUUUUCUGAGAGAUAGUUGUUAUGUAGAUGUUAUUGUAUAAAAGUAAUAAUCCGUAAGCUUACUUAGGGUUCUGUGUUCAUUGACUGAGCUUGCCUGUGAUUUUACACCCCUAUAUCAUAUAAACGUAUAUCAAACGUUUGUUGUUAUAUGAUUAAUGGAUAAUCAGAUUGUUUUUUAGGGGGAGCAAACAAACAUAUAAGUAAAUGACAAAUUCUGCGAUUUGAACUGAUAAUUGGUAAUGUAUAAACCAAAAAUUGUAUGUACAUAGUUAUAAAUAUGAAAAUAAACAUUUUAAUAUAUACAUAUAUAAAUAUGUAUAUAUUCAUGGUAAAUAGUUACAUAGGUUAUUUAGUAAAGAGUAAUAAUAACCCUAUAAAAUAAGUGAUAUAUUGUACUUUUUUUAAGGAAGACUAUAUAUGUGUAUAUAUAAAACAUAUAUAAACAUAUAUGUAAAACAUGAGUCAUAGAGAGCUCGUAGUAUUAAAAAAAAUUAUGUAGUAUUAAAAUCCUAGUUACAUGAAGGCAACACCCAUACUAUUUUUCUGUAAAAGCAUGUUCAGAUUCUUACAAAAUCCCAUUAAAUACAUUUUAAAAUACAUGUAAACUAAAUUACAUUUUGUAUCAUUUGACAGACAUUUAUAGCAGUUCUACUGGAGUAUGUGUACAAAUUUGAAUAUUCAUGCUUGUAGUUGUAAAAGAAGAUACAUUUCAUUCCACUGUAUCCUACAUAAGUGUUUACUAUCUAACAGGUUUACAAACGGCAUAGCACCAAGUAUGAUAACGAUAAAAUUGUAGAAAAAUAUAAGUAGCCAUUCUAAAAAUAUAAUAAUGCUGAAAUAAUUAGAUUUAUUAAUAGUGGCAAGGUAUUUCCUGCAUUAAUUACUAUGGAAAUUGUCAUAGAGGAUAUUCUGGAUAAACUUGAGUUUAUUUCCAUAUAACUGAAUUAGAGUGGCUGGUUCGCUAACCAUGUGAAGCUGGCAGCACCCAUCUCAAAAGAAUACUUUAAACAUAAUGUAAUUGUUUUUAUAUUUUAUUUAUUUAUUAGCAUCACAUUACAUCAUCGUUUUAUGACAGAUAUUUUUCAUGAUAACAAAAAGAUUAAGAAAUGGAUAAUCACCAGAAUAACAUGAAUUCCAAAUAAAUGCUACAAAUACAAACCUUAACAAACAAUUCCACAAGUUUUUGGCAUAUUUAAGUGAAUGUAUAUUGCUAGCAAUCUAGUGCCUCCCAUAUUUUUUGUAAUGUUUCAUACACAAAUGCCAAAAACAUCUAAAAGUUACUAACCACACAAUUCUUUAAUAUGUUAGAACACUGUGUGCCCAUGUUUAUUGAUGGAAUGAAAUUAACCUCAUUCAGAAGAAUGAGAACACAUAUAGAAUAAGAUGUGCUGCAGCUGUAGUUAAUCAACACACGGGUAUUGUGAUCUAAAAACUUCAUAAAUUUAUGAUGAGAUCAAAGCCGGGCACUUAUACAAAGGUUUCAUCAUGAAAAGAUAGAGAAUAAGGGCCAAAUGAUCAUAAGUCAUAUAUUGAUCCAGAAGUAUAUAUAUAUAUAUUCAAAGUUGAAGAAUUUAUGUCAAAAUUACAAUAAAUAAGAUGAAAUUAAAGCUAUAGUGCGAGCACAUAUGUACAAAGAGUGGCUAGAAGAAAGCAGAGCCAGAUUUACCUCUUCAGACUAAAUAGUUUUACAGUUUACCUAAACAAUUGUAUUUAAUUUUUGGGUAAAUAGUAAGUGGCAUAUCUCUAGUCUUAUUUAAACUCUUUCUUAAUGUUGCGCAGCACAUGAUUCACUUUCACUGAUCACAUGAUGCACACACCUUUGCCAUACCAUUGCAAAGAUUAUACUGUUUCUUGUGGGAUUUCCACAUUUUCAGAAUUCUGUGCCAAAAAUGGCAACAUUUCAAGUCAUGCAGACAGUAAGCCUAUUAGCUGUAUUACCUGUACAACUUUUGGUCAUUAUUGCAAUAUUAUUUACACAGUGAACAUUAAUCAUUUCGUAUUUUUGAUAAAAACCUUUGUGUUAUUAUCAGUACUCUUUCAAAUGUCAAUAUUAAAGUCUCCCACAGUACAACUUUACAUUUGGGUCCAUUUUCUUUUGUAUAUAACAUGAUAUAUUGUCAAAGUAUUCAAGAAAUUUGUAGAAUUACAGUUCAGUCUUAUAUAGGAUGCUAUAUCGGAUUUUCAGACACGAAAACUACACUAUAAAUAUUUACAAAUAUGUAAGAAAAUGCUUUAAGGAGAACCUACAUGCAUUAAAUGAGCAAUAUUGACAACCUCAAAAAAGAAGUAUGGUUAUUCACAAGGAUACAUGCUUCACCAUAAACAUUUUCUCUACAAAAAUAAGAAACUAAUUAGAAAUAUGUUUCAGUUGGUUUUAGUUUUAAAACUAACUGAAACAUACAAGAGGCUUCUAACUAAUGGAAGUGGUCACAAUAAGAACAAUGUUAGAAUUGGUUUAAUCUCAAACUACGGCAUAUACAUUUAAUUAGCUUUUUAUUGAUUGAAAAUUAAUAACGUACAAUAAGACAGAAGAAUCUCUGAGUUAAACUAUAGCAAAAAUUAGAGCCAGGAUUUGUACUACCAAUUUUGAUAUCCACGAAGUGGGCAAGUUUUGGAUUGUUCACUUAUGAGUACAUUACUCUCUUUCAAGAUACUUCCAAGGGGCUUACCAAUGGAGACCGGGUAUGGAAUGCUAGCUUUAUUCAAAGAUAACUCUCAGGAAAUCCCUUUAUUAUUCUGAGAACUCUUAUUGAAAAAUUUCUCUCAGUGCAGGAUCUCUACAGUAACCUACUGCAAUUCCUAAAAUUCAGACUGGGUUCAGGAGUUUCCCCCAUGAAAUUUGCUUGUGACAAUUUUUGUUUGUAAAAUGGUUGUAUACAGGUUUUUUUCCAAGGCCAUAAUGAAUGGCCUUUACUUUUUCUGUUAAAGUAUUAUAAAAGACUACUUUAACUAUUGUAAAAUAGAUAAAAAAAUAUAACAAGUAUAUUACACAAUGGUGAUCUGAUAUAAUUUCAGUCUUAUUUCCCUUGUAUUUUACAUUCAGUGUUAUCUAUUCAGAAAUAAAAUUUUAACUGAGCAAUCGUAUAGUUGUAUUGUAAAUCGAUGCAUAUAUUUUAUUCUUCAAUGUCUGAGCAAACUCAGCCAGCUUUUGCUUGGAUUAUUUAAUGAAUAAUUCCUUCAAAAAUUAUUAAAGUUAUUUCAUUAUUAAUUCUGGAAGACACUUAUUGGAUUUCUGUUAGAGUAUGUAUGUUGUGUUGUUAUAUUUCACCUAAAACAACAAAUCUUAGGAAAUGUGAAAUUCAUAGAUAGUAUUGGUAUUUACCCUGUCAGUUCUUUUUUAAAAUCUUUGUAGUAUAAGUUGUGGGUGUUGUCUUCACUUGUACAUGUUGUUUCCUUCUUAUAGAAAAGUUACUAGUGUGUAUUGUUAUUUUAUAUAACAAAAUUAAUGACAAGGAUAAUAAUAUUAAAUAGUUCUGGUAACAAUAACGUAUUAGCUAAAAUUUGUUUAAUGCAAGGUAAAUCAGCAAUGUAAUCUUUAAUGCUCAUAAAUUUAAAAAGUGGAAAAAGAAAUGUGUUUCUUUUUUAAAUAUUAUUUUAAUUUAAUUUAAAUCCGAGAAUAAGAAAUAAAAGAUACAUAAAUGAGCAUUUCAUAAUAUAGACACACUAUGUAAGUGCCUGAACUGGUUUUUCUGUGUUCUGUUAUCUAUUGUUAUCUGUUAAGUAAUAUGUGAUUUUGGUUCAAAAGGGUGGUAAUGAAGAAUAUAUCCACAGUAGCUGAGGACAUUAUUUUAAAAGAAGAGUUUCAAGAGCAAUACUGCACCACGUGUUGGUAGUAUAUCUUUGUAGUAGUAAAUGUAGUGAACUUAUAAUAUGAAACAAAAUAUUAUACGUAGAAUCAGUUCUGAUUUGAUAUUUAUACAUUUUUAAAGUUACGUGGUAAGUUUUGAGUUUGUAAACUGACAAGUAAUAUCUCAAAUGUCAUCUGGUAAUAACAAAAACUCAACAUGUUGAAAUUUUAACACUUGCAUACUUAAAUUACUUGCAAAGUUAAAUUAUUCAACAUGGUUUUUCUGAAUGUUAAUGAAAUACAAAUUUUAAAUCAUGUGUAUGAUGGGAUUAGUAACCAUUUACAUCUUUUAGAAAUUAACAGAGUUGCCAACAAAAAUUUUAGCUCAACAAAUUUAGUUUAGAUAUGGUACUGUAUCAGAAAUGUGUUAGGUUGUAAAUUUCACUUAUUGGUUGUAGAUUAUUUCCAGCUCCACCUUUUGAGCCAUUACGUAGUGCGCGAGUUGGCCGAUCACUUCCCCUACACCCCCUGUUCUCUUCACUAUUUCUCUUAUCUAGUCCAUUGAAAGUUAUGUAAUAAUUAAUUAUUUAUUUAUAUUUGUAUGUAUUGAUUUUUAGUUGAUAUAUUUGACACUACUAGAAAUAAAAUUGGAAGAAAAGUCAAAAGAUUUUAUUAGAUAAAUAUUUCCUCAUCUGAAAUGCUUGCUACAUAUAAAAUAUAGUGGCGUAUCUUUUUAUUUUACCUUUGAGUUGACUGAUAUGUCUAUGAUAAGACCUUUGAAUCUAAUUAGUAAACAAAUACAAUAUAGAAACACAAGUUUUCAUUUUCAUAAACAGAUGACAUUUAAAACUGUUUAAAACCUUUAAAAGUAGAUCUGUAAUUGUUAAUUUACUCAGAAUCGUUAUUUAAGGCAACAAUCUUGUUAAUUACUGUUACAGUAUUGAUUUCAAGGAGUCAAACCCCUCAAUGUUAAAGUACUUUUUGUAUUUUUUUUUUAUUUAGGAUGGUUUAUUAAAUAAAGUCUGGAUUCAGAUAUAGCAUAUUUGAAUUGCAUAUAUGUUAUGAUUUUUAGUUUUUAUUUUGUUAAAUCAUAAUGUUUGAUCUUAUUGUAUCAAAUGCACUUUAGUUAUAGAUAGAUAAAUUAUUUAGGUUAAUCCUUUGAGAGAAAAAAUGCUAGUAACUUACAUUUUUGCAAUAUUACAUAAAUUUUGCAAGUAUUACAAUGUGAUAAGAAAAAUAUUUCAUUCCCAAACAUUUCUGCAUGUGACAAAAAUUUAACUGUUGCAUAAAUAAGUCAAUCAAAGUAACUAGUUUUAUGUUUCUAUCUCUAUUAUCUAACUAUUAUAAAAUGUUGAUGCCUUAAUUGUACUUAAUUAAUGUUUAUUUUUACAAAACAAAUUUAAAUUAUAGAAACAUAAUGUGAACUAUAAAUAGAGAAUAAAGGUGUGAGGGUUGAAAAAUAUUUUUUGUUAUUAGAGAAUAUUACAAAGAUAACUUAUAUUUUACUAUUCAUACUUUAAUUUGGACUUUAACUGAGUAGAUUUUAGUUCAAGGAGAAAUUAAAACAUCAGAGAUUGUACUCAUUUCCUGGAUGCAACAGAUCACAUGAAGGCAAUUUUCUCACAUUUACUCUUUUAAUAGUUGUGAUUUUUCUUCACGAGGAAAUCUUCUCAAAACAAUCCUCUGACUAGUAUGAAUGGCCUCUUAGACAAUACUAAUAUUGUUUAAAUCUGUAUAUCAAACUUGUCUAUAAUAACCUAUUACAAGUAAUGUACAAUCUACCAUAAAAUUUAAACUAUGCAGAGUUCGCAUUUAAAAAAUGUCUGAAUAUUAUUUUUAAGUGAUAAAUAAAAAUGUAUUUGUGCUCCAUAGCAAAAUUUUGUCUAAUGAAGGAAUAACAUGUAAAAUGGAACUUCAAUUAAUUAUAGGUGAGUAAUUAUAUUCAUAAAUUAAAUUUGUCCCUCAGGGAAUAUUGCAAAACUGGGGACAAAAGUUUUAAUGAGUUUAAAAAACAGAUUUAACAGAAGAUUAAGAGGUGUUAAGGUAACUUGAAGAAAUAUAUCAAAAGACAUCAGGCAAGCUGCUAAUAUUUUUAAUCACAAAAAUAUUAUUGUAAAUUCCAAAUGUUACGGCAAACUGCCUGUCUCGGUUGCAAUCUCUUAUGUGUUAAUAAUCGCAUUUAUUUUACUAAUUCAUUGACACUUUUUUUUAGCUAAUAGCACUCUUUCAUAUAGUAUAAAUAUAUUGCUUGUUUCAUGAAAACAGAAAUUUUUUGAUUGCCAAAUAAAAUAAAUUAUUAUCCUUACUUAAGGAUCCUUGUUACUUAACAACACUUUUUAAGUGGAAAUUUUGUUUAUUACGUAUGUGUGUGUGUGUAUUUGUUUUUCUCAUACUUUAGCGUAUUCAGAAAAAUUAUCAAGGAUAUGUUGAUGUAGUAUGGUAAAUUUCAGAGUCUGGGAGCAUGGAAUAUACUUUAGUAUAUAGGGGUUUAGAAGUCCAAAAUGUAGAGGUUUAAAAUAUUAAAUCAUCAGUUUUGACUUAUUUAUGUAUUACAAAUUAGUGGAUAUAAAGUUUUAAGGAGGAAAUACAACUGUAUAGUUGCUAUCAACCUCCUCCCUAAUUUUACUCAUUUAUAAAUAUUCAAUAAUUGAUAUAGACACAACUUAUUCUUUUUAAAUAUCUAAGGCUCAAAGGGUUAACGCUAAAUAUAUACCAUCACACUAUUCUGUUUCUUAACAUAUUGCAUUAGUAAUUAUUCGUUGUAUUAAUUAAUUACCUUUAAUAGUCACUAUUUUAUUUAAACUUUCAGAAUUGUACACAAGACUCUCAGUUUACAUUAUUACUAAACUACCUUAUUUUGACUUUUACCAUGCUUUGACUCCUUUUAAAAUAAAUUCAUGGAGAGUGUACAAAUAUGACAAAUUAAUUUUACUGAGACAAUAAUAUAUAUGAAUAUACCAAAAAAAAAUAAUUGUUAUCAUUUAAUUUAUUAUUAUGUGUUAAAACUAUAUGUACUAACUGCUUUACAAUUGUAUAUCAUUAAAAGUGAAAAAUAGCAUGUUUAAAAGCUUAUAAGUUUUAAUGCUUCUAAAUAUAUAUCUAAGAGUAUUCUAGAAACAGUAAAAAUAUUGUUGGAGUUUCCCAUGUUUUUGUGUGUUAGAUCAUUUAGUGAACAUUUACUAAAUUCAUACAUUGGUGAUAUCUUAAGGAUAAGGCUAUUUCUGAAAGAACCAUUAAUCUCAGUGUUGUACUGUAUGUUAAUUAGUUUCAUUAAAUGCUUAAAUUAACACUAAAAAUUAGAUUUUUUACUUUCUCAGCAAACAUGUUGUUAUGAAUGUAAGAACAAGCUUUAACUGAUCUAUGCAAAAUGUCUUUCAGGAUGGGUUUCAAAAUGAGAACAAACAAAAUGACUUAAGAGUAUUAAAUAGUAUGUGUGAACAUGUAUAAGAUGUUUGUGUCAUCAAAUGAUUGUCAAAACACCAAAUAAAAAAAAGUAGUAGACCUACCAAUAAUUUUAAUAUUUAAGUGAUGUUCUUAGUGGAAAUUUGGAACUGUAUCAUGUUUCCCUUUAAUAUUUUUCAUGGCUGUAAUUCUUUUUCAUCUGACAUUUUAUUGAUGUAAAUAUUCUUUAAUCAUUCAACCUUGGUUGAUUAAAAAUACACAACAACAUUUUAAAAUUAAAAACUGCAAAGUUGAUAAUGAUAAUAAUUGAUAAUGGUCUAACAUAUGUUUAGUUUAUUUCUAUUGUCAAAACAAAUUAAUACUCACUUUUAGUUUUAUUUGGGUGUGAAUUUGUCGUUAUCGACCCGGGAAAGUUGAAAAUGAUCAUUUAUCUUUAUUGAAACAAUUAUUGAAAAAUUAAUGAUAAUUGUUGAAAAUUAUUAAAAAAAUAAUGUUGUCUAAUUUAAUACUUGAAUCACGAAUUGAACUGUAGUGACGCCUAAGAAGUAGUACCUUAUCUCAAUUGAAGGUAAUUCAAUUCAUCUCAUAACCUAUGAAAGUUUUAUGCCUUUUGAAUUGUAGUGACUGGUCCACAAAUUCAAUUUUAUUGUAAUUUGGUAGUUAAGAAAAUACUGAGACAUUUGUAGGAUUAUGACUAAUAAAGUAUAACUUUCAAAAACACAUUUAUUUAAAAAUUAGAUUAGUUAAACUGUGGAUUAUAUUAUCCAAAAAUGUUAAAUGGCUAUUAUAAGUGUAGAGUUUAAACUGCAUUUGACAUUAAUAUAACAAAUUACUGAACAAAAUCCACUAUAUUUUACAGAAAAAUAUUGUAUUUCCUUUAAAACAUAAUUAGAUUGGUUGCAUCCAUAUUUACAGUUAUAUGUAUUUAGGAGUCCAAGAACCUUAUUAAUAGUUUCCAAAGUUGCUAGAUAUUCUGUACAUGGAAAUGUGAAAAGUCUUUGCUGAAGUUUCAGAUAAUUCUGAAGAUAAAAAGUGUUGUGUUCUGAAACAUUCCCAUCUAGUCUGGAUUAACAAGACCCAAGUUAUGGUUUUGUUCUAUAUUAGUUUUACAUUAGCUGGAGUAAAAUGACACACAAUAUUAGAAGAGAUUAAACAAUUUACAUGUUUGCCAUAAGUAGAAAAUAUUAUAAUUUCACAUACAUAGGUAUAUGAUUAUAUUCAACUAUGUUCAUCACUUCAUUACCACUAUGUAUUCAGUAAUACAAUGUUCAUUGUGAACACAAAUUCUCUUCUAAACGUGGGAUAUUGUUCCUUCCAUCAAAUUAAGAUAAAAGCGAUAAUACAACGAAGCAACAAAGACUAACCUUCUGAUAGGAUAGUUUUGUACUGAAUUUGACCACUGAAAUUAUUUUUCUUGAUUUAUCUGGGUCUUUCUGUACAUAUUUCAUACAGUUAUUAUUUUCUACAGCAUCUAUUUUAUAUGAGUAGUCAAAAUCUAUUGUAAUAAUGUAACAGGGGAAACUGUUUUGUGAACUGGGUGCCCACAACCUGUUUAAAAUCAUAGGCUGCUGAAAAUUUUGCAAUUUACUUUGGUAUUUGCUGGCAGCAGUUCAGACCCAUUUUUUAAUACAAGCAAUAAGGAGUCAAUCGACUACUGCUAUUGUGGGUACUUGGCUUUUUAGUAGUUGAUCGACUGCCUCAGUAGUCAACUUGUUAAGGGACAAAUACAAGAGUUUUUACUCAUUUUUUUAGUUUAAAAUUCAUUUUAAUUUCUGAAUCAACAUUUAAACAACGUAGAAAACUUCUUAUUUUGUUUUUAAAGUGAUCAGAAACAGAAAAUCAGGAAAUGCUAUUCCUUCACUUUCACUGAUCAUGUCAUACAAACACCUUUGCAUGCCAGAGCAAAGAUUACCACCUUCCAGCACAUAUUAUUAUCCUUACUCUCAUAAUCUGCACACUUUCAGAAUUCUCUGUCAGAAAAGGCAAAAUUUCAAAUGAUACAGACAGUAAGUCUUAUGGUCUGUAUAACUGUUGGUCGUAAUUGCAAUUUUAUUUACCCAGUGAAGAUUAAAUUAUCUCAUAUUUUUUAUAAAAAUUGCUUUCACUAUCUAUACUCUUUAAAACGUGAAUAUUAAAGUAUCCCCCAAUAUAAUUUUACAUUUUGGUCUUUUCCUUUUGUAUGUAACAUAAUAUACUGUAUUCAAGGAAAUUGUGGAGUUACAGUUCAGCAUCAUAUAUAAGGAGAUGAAAAUUGCGCCAUAAAUGUUUACAAAUAUGUUACAAAAAACGUCAAGGGUAACCUUUAUGAAUUAAAUGAGCCAUACUGACUACAACACAUAAACAAUGUAGAAAAUAUCUAAUUUUGUUUCACAACUGAAUAGCAGCAGAAAGCAGGAAUUACAAUUUCUUCCAAUAAAUUUUGGAGGCUUAUUGAGGACAGUAUAAUCUUAUUCAAUGUUUACUCCAUGUGUAUCAAAUCAUUGAAACAUUCAUAUAUAGAUUUUGACUCUAAAUAAACUUUUAACAUUGCAUUAUCGGUACUUUUUUAUUACUCAUUAUAUAAGAAUUGAACUUUUUUAUAUACUUUACAGUUUACCGUACUAAUUUUGUUAUUUCUUAAUGGAGAAAAUUAGAUUCUUGUUUAUGAGUUUAUGACGUUAGACUAUAUUUGCUUUCUAAUACGCAACCAAGGAAAAUACUGCACCUUUCUGUGGAGUUUAUAAACACCAUAUGAAAGAGGGGAUUUGGAAGCUUUAUCACAGUGUAAUAUUGUAAUCAUAAGUACAAAAUAAAGUUUUUAAAUGCAAUCAACACCUCAACUUAUAUACUAAUUGUGAAAAUUAUACUUGCCACAUUACUAACAAACCAGCGUUGAAGUUGUUAAAGAAUAUUUUGUUUUUUCUAAUAAUUCUUUUUCUUUUAAUGUCAACUGGGACUACUUUGGCACAGGUGUUGAAUUUUAAAAGUUGAUAUAAAAUAUAAAUCAGUUCUUGUAUGAAAUAAAUAAAAAAUAGCUCAGAGCAUACAAAUUAACAUUGUGUGAAAAUCAUUACAAACUCCUUAAACUUAAACAUACAACAUCUUCAUUUGAUCUCUAAUAAUCAAUAUGUUUUCACAUUCUAAAACUCAUAAUUCUUUUCAAUAAUUGACCUUGGUUUCUUAAAAUGAUUUAAUUACGUGUGUAUGAGGAUUCUAAAAAAACUUUUUUGUUGUAACUGUGAUUUUGAUAAAUUUUUACUCUAUAAACAAUUAAACUAUCAAAAUUUAAUAUAUUUGAAAUUUAGAAUUUAUUGAAAUGUUUUAUCCAACCUUCUAUAAGCUUUUUAGGCCAAUAUAUAAUUUUUUUUUGUAUUGUUACUGAAAAUGGUAGACAUUGCAUUAGUAAGACAUCUCUGAAUUUGUUAUAUGUUGUUUGGAUUGCUAUUAGUAGUUAGUUAUACCCUUGAAUUUUCAGAUUGUUUUACCUAAAUCUCCAAAACUAUGCACCUUGUGGCAACUCUACUGAAACCUUUUUUAAAGUAGGUUAAAUUUGCUACAAUUUGAACUAAAUGCAACCGGCUUAAAUGUAAUUGUUUCAGAAAUACAGAUAACCUAAAAUAGGAAAACUUUUCCUAAAAGUGAAAUUCUCCAGUUUGUGUUUCUGGCUUUGUCUCAUCAAAACUACUGGUCAAAUAAAAAUUAUAAAUAAUGAGUUUUAAAGUAAGUUUUAUUAUCUCCAGUUUUAUCACUUCUAUAAAUUCUCAUGUAAUAUCUUCACUUUUCAGUUCUGAAACUAUUAUAUUUACAGAACUCUGGUUGGGUUCAAAUUGUAGUCAAUGUAACCUAUAGCAUGUUUUCAAGUUUCCAGCUCAUAUCGGAUGUGGCAGGAGUUUAGGAUGGGAAAGUGCACAGUUGCUCCAUUAACUCCCUAUUAUUCACCAGCAGCAAUUUUACAAUGUGACAAGAAGUUGAUAAAAGUCACUCACUGUAUAGUUUUGGGUACAUUUUCAAAAAAAAUUAUAGUGUAUGAUGUUCUAGUUCUAUUAUACAAUUUGUAAGACAACAUGUGCUUUAUUGAACAUUGGUUUUGAAAUAUAUUAAAAUAAAAAAACGUCUUGAAUUGUUGGUGACUAUAAACUUUAAAUAAGAAUCUGGUAUAACUGAUUAAAAAAACAUAUUGUUCUAGUCUUUAUAUAGUUUCAAGUAUCAAUGUGUCUCAAUAUGUGUUAAUUGAAUCAAACAGCUUAAGUGUCAAAAUUUCUAAAGUUUUACAAUAAAAAGUUAACUUUUUCAAAUGUAUUUUUAUCUAUUAUUAAAUUAUAUUUAAAUGAAUUGGAAACAUACCUUUAUCUAAGGUAUUUACAUCACAAAUAUUACAAUUUAAAUUAAAGGGUAUACAUAACAAAAACUAUAAGAAACUAUAACAAAAUAUUUUGUAUUCAAAAUGCAGUCCCUUGUGUCAAAUUAGCCCCUGUUGACAGGUAUGGGUGAUAAAAUUAUCUCAUUUAAGUUCCCUCAAUCACUGUAUUGUACAGUGUGAACAUUUUCAACUAUCAGCCAGGAAGAACAUUGGUUUUAUUCCACCAUUGAUUUUACCACUUUUUCAAGAAAACUUGAAAUAUUGCUUGUAAUUCUCAGGGAACAGUUAUUUUAAGAAUGAAAUGUAUGUACACUUUGCAAAAACACCACUAGCAAAGUUUUCUUUGCCUAUUUUAACCCAAUUCUUUGUAAAUAUAUGGGUUAGGUGUUAUAAUGCUGCCCUUGAACAACAAAAUACCUGUGCAAUCUUGCAUAGUAAUUGGUAUUUUAUAUGUAUUUUGUUUGUUUUAUUUCAAUGUAUGAAACCUAGAUUACUUGGCGUGUUUUCUGCAUUCAUUAUUACUUUAAGUAAGAAUGGGAUCUCAAGCUGAAUAUUUGUGGUAAGAAAAUACUGUCACAGUGGAGGAAGAAAAUAUGAGUUAAGAAAUAUUUAUUUGAAGUGAUCCUGCUCUUCACUUCAUAGAAGAGCUCCAGGAUUACAGUGAUAAUGAUACGGAAUGCUCCUGUGUCUGCUUUUAGUGUUAAAGUUAUGUGUGCCUGUCAAUUGUUUAUUGUUAUUCAAUGUAACUUUAUCUUACUUAUUAGUUAAUAUUUAAUUUGUUAUAUAUUUAUCAUUCAAUAUAUAUAAUAAACAACGAUGUUUAAUUAGUCAUUUUUUGUGACAAAUAUUUUGUGUUAACAACUGUGGUUUUCUCAAAUGUAAAAGUUAGGUUGGAACUCAUUGUUGCAUUGACUAGCUUAUUCUAGAAUUUUUCACAAAGCAGUGAAAUUUAGUAUUUAAAGGCAAUAACACAAAUUCAUUAGCCUUAUGUAGAUCGGUAAAUAAGGUCAUUUGUCAUGUUCAAUCAUUUUUAAAAUAUUCAGAAAUCAUAUUUAUAUUCUUCACUGGAAUAUUUAUACUUGAAUAUUUCUCUUUUUGCCUUCUCUACUUGUCUCAUAGUCUACAGUAUAAGCUUAACUAAUAUUAUAUAAUAAAGUUUGACAUAUGGUAUAUAUUGUAUAUGCUCGAAUACUGCAAGCACAUUUUGUAAUGCAAUAUCAUUCCAAUCCUAUGCUACCUAGUACAUUUUUAAUACACAUACACAUACUUAGAGUAUAUUAUUAAGAAAUUGGCAUGGAUGGUUUCUCUUUUGAAUCAUAUUUCUAUGAUUUGCAGGCAUUGUUUGGACUAAAUUUAUCAUAAUAAAUUUAAACUGUUAUACUUGAAA